AUGAUUGCAGCGCAGUUCUGCGCCUUGGACUCUCGCACUGAUGGCAUCACUCGUCAGGGCGGCGGCGUGCCAUGCCUCGCCUGUGUUCCUGUCAGCAGAGCGACGACGGACAAAGCGCUCUCCCUGAUCCACCAAGCAGCAAAGAACAAGGCCAAUCUCAUCGUAUUUCCGGAGACGUACGUACCUGCAUUCCCCCUCUGGAGCUCUCUGAGAGCCCCAACUGAGAACCAUGACCUGUUCCGACGCAUGGCUCUCGAAAGUGUCUUCGCAGAUGGAGAGGAGAUCCAAGCUAUCCGAGUCCGGGCUACGGCGAAACAGACCGGGGCUAUCCAACGGGGACGUGCUGGUCCAUCACCGGAAACUCGUGCCGAGAAGCUGACCUGGAGCAACGGCGACGGACACGGCCUGAGGGUUUCGGAGACAGCCUUCGGGAAAAUAGGAAACCUCAUCUGCGGCGAGAAUACAAACUCGCUAGCCCGGUACUCCCUCAUGGCCCAAGGGGAACAGAUUCAUAUCUCCACCUGGCCUGCAGCAUGGCCGACCAGGACGGCGAAGCCGGCGUCAUCGAACGUGAAAGGAAGGACGAGCGAGGAUAGUACGAAUGUGACUUUGCCGAUCGCAAGGAGCCGGAACUACGACAACGUUUCGGCCAACAAAGUGCGUGCAGCUGCUCAUUGUUUCGAAGCAAAAUGCUACGGGAUAGUGUGCGCCGGCGUUCUUGAGAAUGAAGCCAUCAGUGUCAUCGCCGACGGUGCUGAGGACCCGGAAAGAGUCUCUCAAGUCUUGAGAGAUUCGUCGAGAAGCGUCAGUAUGUUUUUUGAUCCUGCGGGGGCGCCAAUUCAAGCUUUCACGGUCAACAGCGCUGGUGAGAGAGAAGCAAAGGAGUUCUUGCAACAUGAAGAAGGCAUUUUGUACGCGGAUUUUAACCUUGAGGACUGCAUCGAGGGGAAACAGUGCCACGACAUAUCCGGGGGCUAUCAAAGGCUGGACGUUUUCGAGCUCAAGGUGAAUCGUCACCGGAAGAGCCCUGCAGUAUUUUUGGACAGCGUGCAGGGCAAACCCGUCGAUAUUCGGACCACAGCUCAGCCGACAGAAGCGAUAGAACAGUAG